AUGUCAGAUAAAGUGGAUUGGUUACAAAGCCAAAAUGGAGUAUGCAAAGUUGAUGUUUAUUCACCUGAAGAUGGCCAACCCCAGGAAUGGAAAAUGGAAGCUCCAACUGAUCCCAUCAGAGUGCUCAGCUGGCUCCGCAGAGACCUGGAAAAAAGUACAGCAGAGUUCCAAGAUGCUAAGUUCAAGCCUGGAGAAUCAUCAUUUGGUGGGGAAAUGACCACCUCAGGAAACCCACACAAAGGUUUCUCUGUGGACUAUUACAACACCACUAACAAGGGCUGUCCAGGGAGAAUGCAUUUUGAGAUCACUCAUAAAGAGACCCCUCCCCAAGGCUCCACUGGUAAUGAGAAGUCAGUAGAUGAAGUGUCCUUCUAUGCUAACCGCCUAACGAAUCUAGUCAUAGCUAUGGCCCGCAAGGAGAUCAAUGAGAAGAUUGAUGGCUCUGAAAACAAAUGUGUCCAUCAAUCACUGUACAUGGGUGAUGAACCCACAUCCAACAAAAGUUUGAGUAAGAUGGCAUCAGAUCUGGUAAACCGGACUGUUACUGUAUGUUCCAAUAAUGCUGUUUCAGACAAAGCUCCUGGCUCUGGAGACAGAGUUUUAGACUCAUCACAAAGUCCGUCAAAUAUGAAAUACAAGAGCACUUUGAAAUUCAAGGAGAACACCAAGGAAAGCAAGAAUCCAGAUGAGAAGUCUGCUUCUAAGAAGUCUUUCUUCUACAAGGAAGUGUUUGAAUCUCAUAAUGCAGGUGAUGCCAAAGACUCUGGAAGGUCUUUACCUGCAGAGAGAAGGAUGUUUAGAGGACCAGAAAGGCCUGAUGACUUCACAGCUUCCAUUAGUCAAGGGAUCAUGACUUAUGCUAAUAGUGUGGUGUCUGAUAUGAUGGUUUCUAUUAUGAAGACUCUGAGGAUCCAAGUGAAGGACACAACCAUUGCCACUAUCUUGCUGAAGAAAGUACUGAUCAGACAUGCAAAAGAAGUGGUCUCAGAUCUCAUUGACUCCUUCAUGAGGAACCUCCACAAUGUCACAGGGACCCUCAUGACUGAUACAGAUUUUGUCUCAGCAGUGAAAAGAAGUCUCUUCUCCCAUGGAAGCCAGAAGGCCACAGAUAUCAUGGAUGCCAUGUUGAGCAAGCUAUACACUGUGAUGUUUGCCAAGAAAGCCCCUGAGAAUGUCAGGAAAUCCAAGGCUGAGAGUUAUUCUCUUGUCUCCACGAAGGGAAUGGGUGAUCCUAAACACCAAAAUGUAAACUUUACAACAAUGAAAUCUGAGGCUAAACUCAGAGAAAAAUUGUACUCCCCUGAAAUUAAACCUGAGAAGUCUUGUGCUGAAACUCUGGGUGAACACCUUAUCAAAGAAGGACUGACCUUGUGGCAUAAAAGUCAACAGAAAGACUGUAAAUCUCCAGGUUUCCAGCGUGCCACAUUUGCAUUUUCCAACAAACAGGAUAAACCUGAACCAGACAUUUCUGUUGAAUACACUCAGGAGACUUGCCACAGUCCCCCCAUGCAUCACCCAGAGAAACCUGAGAAUUUUAUGUAUGAUUCAGACUCCUGGGCCAAGGACUUGAUUGUAUCUGCCCUACUUCUGAUCCAAUACCAUCUCGCUCAGGGAGGAAGAAUGGAUGCACAGAGCUUCCUUGAAGCUGCUGGCAGCACCAACUUGCCUGCCACCAAGUCCCCUGAAGUUUCUGAUGAGUCUACCCUUAAGUUUCCUCAUUUUAUGGGAGGUGAUAAAGAAGAAGCAGAAAAGAAGGAUUUAAUGAGCAUUUUCUUCAACUUCAUCCGGAAUUUACUUAGUGAGACCAUUUUCAAGAGUGAUCAUAGCUCUGAACCCAAGCUUCCAAAACAUCCAACUAAGGAAGAUAGCAACCUGUGUGAAAGACCUGUGACCCCUUCUCCCACCAAAGUAUGUGAUGGGGAGGAGACUGGGGGUAUCUUAGCUGGGCUGACCAAGAUGGUUGCCAACCAGCUGGAUGGCCACAUGAAUGGGCAGAUGGUAGAACAUUUGAUGGAUUCAGUGAUGAAGUUGUGUCUCAUUAUUGCCAAGUCCUGUGACUCUCCCUUGGCAGAGCUGGGAGAUGAUAAGUCUGGGGAUGCAAGCAGACCAAUUUCAGCCUCCCCAGACAAUUUAUAUGAGUGUUUGCCAGUCAAGGGCACAGGGACCGCAGAGACUCUCCUGCAGAAUGCCUAUCACGCCAUCCAGAACGAACUGAGAGGUAUAUCAGGACGGCCCCCUGAAGGAUGUGCAUCCGCGAAAGUGAUUGUCAGCAACCAGAAUCUAACUGAUACUGUUCAGAAUAAGCAACUCCAAGCUGUUCUUCAAUGGGUAGCAGCCUCUGAGCUCAAUGUCCCUAUUUUGUACUUUGCUGGUGAUGAUGAAGGCAUCCAGGAGAAGCUACUUCAGCUUUCAGCUACCGCUGUGGACAAAGGGCGUAGCGUGGGGGAGGUUCUGCAGUCAGUACUGCGCUAUGAGAAGGAGCGACAGCUGGACGAGGCAGUGGGAAAUGUGACACGGCUGCAGCUGCUGGACUGGCUGAUGGUGAACCUGUAA